AGGAUCACUCGUCGCUUCAGUCAGACACCAACACUAAAAACAGCUGCAAAAACACAGCUGCCUUCAUGGGAACACAGUCAUUCUGAUUGAUCAUCAGACCUGAAUAAUAACCUGAGCUUAGACACAGAUAUAACUCUGUGUGUGUGUGUGUGUGUGUGUGUGUGUGCUGACAGCAGACAGACAUUUUUGAUCAAGGAGAUUUGGAUUUUAGCAGUUCAUCUGAGAAGGACCUGCUUCACUAUUUGUGUGGAAUAUAAUUUCUAGGCGAACAUUUUAAAUACAGAAAUUAAAGGAGUGCAAUUUCAAAUCAGCAAGUAGCCGAGGAACAUGGGGACCUGUCCCAUCAGACGUCAGUCCAACCGGACAAUCCUAGAAAAUCAUCCUGAACCUGUAUCUCAAUCCCUGCAGGACAGCAUGAUCGUGUCCCUCUGUGACUACCCGUCCUUUGAGCGCAGCGAGUUGACCAUGUGCAUUGGGGAACGACUCACCAUCAUAUCAGAUGACGGUGAUUUCAUGAUGGUGAGAUCUACAACCACAGACCAAGAGAGCUACAUUCCCGCAAGCUACACGGCCAAGGUGGCACACAGGUGGCUGUUCACAGGCAUCAGCAGGUACAAAGCAGUGGAGCUGCUCAUGCAGCCAAACAACCAGAGCGGAGCCUUUUUGAUCCGAGAGUCAGAGACAAACAGAGAUUGUUACUCGCUGUCUGUCCUAAGGAGGGCCAACGCCUCAUACCUGGACUGUGUGAAGCACUACCGCAUCUCUAAGCUCCAGAAUGGCUGGUUCUACAUAUCUCCAGGAGUCACCUUCCCCUCCCUGCAUCACCUGGUGGAACACUAUUCAGAGUCUGCAGACGGAUUGUGCAGCCGGCUGACAGGACCCUGCUUCAUCCAGGGUUACGACAACGCUAGAGAGGCCAGGCCUGUACCCACAGCGAUCAGGAGACCGACUAUUAACUGGAAAGACAUAAGCAGUUCAAUGAUUUUCAAGAGGAAGCGUACAGAGUCAGAUCAAUCUCUGGUGAGCGAGGGGCUGAGGGAAGCCAUCACCUCCUACCUCCAAAUGACGGAGGGCAACGACCACAGCUGGGACACUUGAGGCGAGACAGUGAAUCAGUCUGAGAGAAAGACAUCAGGUAGAAAGAGUGAAGUCAGACAUGCUUCUGUGUCAUCUGCAGUUUGGGCAAGUCAGAGGAAAAGGUCAUCAUCACGCCCCCAUGUUGUCUUUGCAGAGCGCCCUGGAUUGGCAGGAGGGCUGAGACACUACAAUGUACAUUGUGACAUACUGUAUGUCAGCGAGAAGACUGUUUUUGCAUCAAAAGAGGCACACAGUGGAGGUGUGAGCUGAUGGUGUGACAGUCAGUGAGACAUUUGUUCUCAUUUGGGCUUCAAAAGUUGAAUGUUUUUCUUAAUUUAUAACCUAAUUGCUGUUUGAAUACAUCAUAAAACAUUUGAAUUACAUUGUAAUAUCAUUGUUAUCAUUGUUAUGUCAUUGGAAUUCAAUAAAAUAUGUUGGCUAUGUGAUAAAUGAGCAACAUAUAUAUAACCACUUAAACACAAGUGAGAUUUGCCUAUAUUUUCUUUCUAUGAUAAUGUACCAUUCUUUAACUACGGUCCAUUUUCGCGGAAAUUUAGAAAAUCUACCACUUAUACAGAAAUAUAUUGAUUCAGUAUUUACAGUAUUAAAACAUUUCCUUUUU